AUGUUCAUUCCACGGAGACGGCCUGCUUCUGGGGGACUAAGGACCAAUGCUAAUACCUUCUCUCAGGUAUGGUCUAGUGGUAUGGACGAGUUGUGGUUCUUGUUCGGCUUCGAGUCCAGCGAGAUCGAUAUGAGUAGCAGGGCUACCAAGCAGUUGACGAGGCUUCGAAGUCCCUCAGCGAAAGAGGCCAUCGAUUGCAUGCGGAGGGACGGAGCAGUCAUCUUCAAACAACUUGUACCAGUGGUCUCCAUUAAACAAGCUCUUGCAGACGUACAACAUGCUCUCGAGCAUGGCUAUGGAAAGUAUAAAGAAGGCGACUUCUUCGAAGACCGAACAAGCAGAGCCACUGGCCUCUUGCGCUUGAGCUCGAGUUACGCUCACGAUCAGCUGGGACACCGUCUCCUCCGUGAUAUUGCCGACCACUUCCUCACCACAAGACAUGAGGAGCGAAUGGCCAACGGCGAGCCAUACCUCUGGGAGACACCCCCGCAGAUCAGCUCAUGUAUAGCCUUCAAGAUCGAUCCAGGCGCCAAAGCACAGAUACUUCACAGGGACGAUAGCAUCUAUCACAACGUACACGAGCCCAUUACCACCUGGACCGAGCCUAGAGAUCUCAGCCGCGACUCAAGCCUGUCUUUGUUCGUUGCCGGGACGGAGUCGACCGCUGAUAAUGGAGCGACUCGAUUGAUACCGGGCUCUCAUCUUCUUGGAUCCAACGAAGAACCACAAGAAAAAGAUGCCAUCCCCGCCGAGCUUGAGCCAGGAGACGGACUAUUCAUGCUCUCGUCCGUGUAUCAUGGCGGCGGGGCGAACAUCACAUCCGAAAGAACCAGAAUCGUCUUCGCCAGUUCGAUCAUUCGAGGAAUCCUUCGACAAGAGGAGAAUCAGUUCCUCACUGUACCCAUGGAGACGAUGCGGAAGUAUCCAGAGAACGUGCAGAGAUUCGCUGGUUUCCUCCAGCAGUUCCCUGAGCUUGGUUGGGUGAACAGCAUGCAAGAUCAGGCUUGA